CUCAUGCCUCAGCCAAACGCAUCACACGAAAAGACGGCUGCGUAAAGGGGACAUCGAGUCGACACAGUUUGGUUUCGGGACCGCGUCUUUCUGGUGGAUUUUCUGAGUAUCAGAUUGCCCAGGUUGACAUCGUAAUACCGACAAUGUCCAACAUUCAAGCCAAGCUGCAAGCUCUCUCUGACGAGUUUACCAAGCUGCAACAAGAGCUUCAAGAUGCCGUGCAGUCGAGGCAAAGGCUCGAGGCUCAGAAGCAGGAGAAUUUGGGAGUACAGAAAGAGUUUGACAAGCUGAAGGAGGGCGAGACCAUUUUCAAGCUCAUUGGCCCGGUUUUGCUCAAGCAGGACAGAACAGAUGCAGAGAGCACUGUGAGCGGCCGGCUUGAGUUCAUCGAAAAGGAGAUCUCAAGGUUGGAAACACACAUCAAAGAAAUGCAGGGCAAGAUGGAGAAGAAGAAGGCAGAGAUCAUCCAGGUUCAGACCAGCGCGCAGGCUGCGGGGCCACAGGCUGUCAAGGCAUGAGAAGUGAGGGUAUGCCUAUGGGGGUUUGAAUGUUCCCGAGGGAUUGAGACCGGCCAUGCCCUUGAUCUGCUAUAUCAUUUGUUGAGCAAGCUGAGCAGAAAAGUUUCGGCAGGGAUCGAGGGUCGGCCCAUGUUGAAAGUGAGGACCUCUAUUGACGCUUCGAUACUUGCGGGUCGGAAUGAUAGCUUGAUGGUGAAGUGCUAUACGUGGGACUUGGUCACCUUGGUUAUAAUGCUGCCCGUUGGGGGAACUGGGACAUGUGACAAUACCCAUUCAGGGGUGCGCGAUCGAAGAGCAGCAUUCGGGAAAGAAUACAGAUUUAGAGGAUAAAAUGAGGUCAGAGUGAAGCAGGAGAGCAAGGAGAAUGUUAUGUUCAACCAAACCCAGGUCAACCUUACCUAGACUUCAAGUUGGCCCGUAAUCCAUGACCAA